AUGUUCAGUCGUCUCGCCCGGCCGAGCGCUUUGCGCGCGGCUUCUUUCCAAACUCCAAUCUCCGCCAUUCGCUCCCAUGUCCGUGGCCUCCACCGUAUUCCCCAAUUGCAGCACGAUGCCUACUACAAGGAGAAUGGUGUGCCUGAGUUCAUGUCGCCUGAGGCUUUCGACUUCUCCUGGACCCAAUACCAGACCCUCCUCGUGGACAAGCUCAACCUGUUGACACAAGACACCCCCGAUGCGGACGCCAAACCCGGAGAGUUGCUGGUCAAAUACUCCAAGCGCCCGGAGAUGGCCUCGGUCUUCAACUACGCCUCCAUGGCCCACAACAACCACUUCUUCUUCAACUGCAUCUCCCCCACCUCCACCAAGAUCCCCGAAAAGUUCGCCAAGGACAUCGUCGACACCUGUUCCUCCGUCGAAUCCCUCAAGCUGGAUUUCCUGGCUACCGCCAACGCCAUGUUCGGCCCUGGUUUCGUCUGGCUUGCCAAGAACCUCGAGCGCGAGGGUUUGAUGCAGAUCUUCUGCACCUACAACGCCGGCUCGCCCUACCCGGCUGCCUACUCCCGGCGGCAACCCGUCGACAUGGCCACCCACUCCCCCGACGCGCCUCUCGGCAACCAGUUCGCCGGUGCCAUGGGAGCCCACGCCCAGAACCAGAAGAACCUGGCCCCCGGCGCCAUUGACGUGCAGCCCAUUCUGUGCGUUAACACCUGGGAGCACGCCUGGAUGAUGGACUACGGUAUUGCCGGCAAGGAAGAAUACCUGGAGCGCUGGUGGGAUCGGAUCAACUGGGACGUUGUGUUUGACAACUACAACGCCGUCAGCUCAGUCAAGGGUGCGCGUACCUCGGCCAACCGGAAUCGCAGCCUGAGCAUGCUUUGA